GCGAUCAACUCAUCUUCCAUUUCCAUUUUUCUGAUCUUUCUUUCUUCAAUCCCUCCUCUCUCUCUCUCUCUAUAUAUACAAUCCCUGCCCAGCCCCCAACUUUCCCGAGAAAAUCAAACCACAACCACCCAUUUUCCAUCUCCUCCUCCUCUUCCUUCCCAUUUCGUCUCAGUUCUUCCUGAAUUCAUCGGACUCGAUUCUCAGCCGAUUCCAACGCCGAGAUAAUCACCGGAAUCCAUCAGAAUUGAGCUCCAGACGGAUCGAGGAUGGGAUUCGAUAAGCAAGCGAGCUCCUCGUCGCAUUCUCUGCCGGUACGCAGAGAAGACAGCCCGCUUCUGAGCAAAUCUGGCCAGCCCCUCUCGUCCAAUUCCAAGACGUUCGCCAACGUCUUCAUCGCCAUAGUCGGCGCCGGAGUCCUCGGCCUUCCGUACACUUUCCGGCGGACGGGAUGGGUCACGGGCAGCCUGAUGCUCUUCGCCGUCUCCUUCCUCACCUACCACUGUAUGCUCCUCCUGGUCAACACGCGCCGGCGGCUCGAAUCCGUCCUCGGAUUCACGAAGAUCACCUCCUUCGGCGACCUCGGCUUCGCCGUCUGCGGCCCGGUCGGCCGCGCCGCCGUCGACGCCAUGAUCGUGCUCUCCCAGGCCGGAUUCUGCGUCAGCUACCUCAUCUUCAUCGCCAACACCUUGUCCUACGUCUUCAAUUCCGCUUCCGAUUCCGCAAGUCCUAACCCUAAAAUAUUAGGGCUUUCUCUCAAAUCCCUCUACAUUUGGGCCUGCUUCCCCUUCCAAUUAGGGCUCAAUUCCAUCCCCACGCUGACGCAUUUGGCCCCUCUCAGCAUCUUCGCCGACGUCGUCGAUCUCGGCGCCAUGGGCGUCGUCAUGGUUGAAGACGUAAUCAUCUUCUUCCAACAAAGGCCAGUUUUACAGGCCUUUGGAAGCCUCUCUGUUUUCUUCUACGGCCUGGGAGUGGCUGUUUAUGCAUUUGAAGGGAUAGGAAUGGUUUUACCCUUAGAAGCUGAGAUGAAAGACAAGCCCAAAUUUGGGAAAAUCCUGGGCCUCUCCAUGCUCUUCAUCACUCUGAUGUAUGCAAGCUUUGGAGUUCUGGGUUACUUUGCUUUUGGUGAAGAGACCAAAGACAUAAUCACCACCAAUUUUGGGCAAGGCAUGGUGAGCAGCCUGGUUCAACUGGGUCUAUGUGUAAAUCUAUUCUUCACCUUCCCAUUGAUGAUGAAUCCUGUCUAUGAAGUGGUGGAGAGAAGAUUCUGUAAUUCAAGAUACUGCAUGUGGCUGAGAUGGGCCGUGGUUUUGGGGGUGAGUUUGCUGGCCCUCACAGUGCCAAAUUUUGCAGAUUUCUUGUCUCUGGUGGGGAGCAGUGUCUGCAUAAUUUUAGGGUUUGUGUUGCCGUCUCUGUUUCACUUGAUUGUGUUCAAGGACGAGUUGGGUUGGAGAGGGAUUGGUUUGGAUGGAGGAUUGGUGAUUUUGGGUAUUGUUCUUGCAGUUUCAGGAACAUGGUCUUCCCUGUUGGAGAUAUUUGCUGUCAAGGCUUGAUUGAGAUUUUGAUGUUGAACAUCAAAUGAUUGAAAUCUACAUUGCUAGAGAUAUUUUUGUGAAAUCUUAUCUGUGUGAAAUUUUCAGGGCAAGAACAGUUGGAUACUAGAACUGGGUUGUUUUGUGUAGUUUUUUAAGAUCAAGACAAAUGUUAAAUGGUAAUUGUUCUUGCCAUUCAUUCCUCUUGUAAUUCAUCAGUUUCCAUGAGCUGAAACAGCAACACAUUUCUUGCUUGUGCUGGCAAGGAGUUUGUUGUUGCCGUUUAUUUGUAGUGGGAUCACUGAUGUCAUUGAUCAUCUCCUGAAUUGGAAUUCCUCCCAAUAUAUCAGUAAUUUGCAAAAAAAGAAAAAAGAAAAACAGUUUAUGA